AUCCGGCAAGAUAAUACUGAGCAGCAGCACCGCAUCUGCAGGACAAAAUGAGCCUUUGCUUUAAAUAUCCAAGAGACAAAUGGAGGUCCUUCCAUCGUCCCACUGCAGCGAGCAAAGCCAACACUGGGCAACCCUCUAAAAUGUUUAUUUGGACCAGUGGCCGGAGCUCUACAUCUUACAGACAUGAUGAGAAAAGGGAUCACGAUCUACUGGACAAAAGGAAAACAGUCACAGCCCUAAAAGCCGGAGAAGACCGGGCCAUACUCCUCGGGCUGGCCAUGAUGGUGUGCUCUAUCAUGAUGUACUUUCUCCUGGGAAUCACCCUGCUGCGGUCUUACAUGCAAAGCGUCUGGACAGAAGAGGCUCAGUGCUCGCUUCUCAAUGCAUCCAUCACAGAAACUUUCAACUGCUCAUUUAGCUGUGGUCCAGACUGCUGGAAAAUCUCUCAGUACCCCUGCCUCCAGGUGUACGUUAAUCUUACCUCUUCUGGCCAGAAGCUUCUGCUCUACCACACCGAGGAAACAAUGAAAAUUAAUUCUGAGUGUUCAUACAUACCCAAGUGUGGCAAGAAUUAUGAGGAAUCCAUGUCGCUGGUGAACGUAGUGAUGGAAAACUUCAGAAAGUACCAACGCUUCUCCUGCUUCUACGACCCCGAAGGCGUUCAGAAGAAUGUGAUAUUAACCAAACUGUACAGCUCCAACGUGCUGUUCCACUCCCUCUUCUGGCCCACCUGCAUGAUGAUCGGCGGGGUCGCCAUCGUCGCGAUGGUAAAGCUGACUCAAUACCUUUCCCUCCUCUGUGAGAGAAUCCAAAGGAUCAACAGAUAAAAACAAAAACUUCUCUGAGAUUUAAUUACAGCGAAAAUACUGUUUUCUCAUUCUUCACCAAAGAACCUUAAGUUUGUAAUGUGCAAGUCUGUUAUAAGUUCCUUACUAUAUUCUUAUAAGUAGAGCAAUAAUGCAAAAGCUGUUCUAUAUGCAAACAUGAUGUUAUUAUUAUGCAGACAACUGGAAAAAAUGCUGUUUUGUGUUGACUGUCUAUAUGAUCUUGUUUUAUGCUGAGACUAGUACUUCUUUCUUUUGUAUGGCCAACAUAGGGCUCAGUGCGACCAUUUGCCAAGCUUAAUCAAUUGACACUUUCAGUGUAAAGGAUUCUGGGGGAAAUUCACCGCUGGACAUUGGGCAGCCAACCACUUGCGCGUCACUGAGGUCUCAUGUCUGGCUCGGUCCAUUCAAUGGAUUUGUGGCUUUGUGUUUUUUGUAUUGGGGGGGGGGGGGGGAGAGAAAGCAUUGAUAGGGGUUUUUUUAUGGUAAGAUGGCACAAAAGGGUCAUGUUUUGAGGCCAGGAUAAGCAGACAGUAUUUCCAGGACUUGGUGAUGCUUUGUGUUUGCUCCCCCAGUUCAGAAGUAAAUUUUACCCUAUGGUGUUUAAGGUCUUUUGGAAAACACUUUGGAGUUUUAUUUAGUGCUAUAAUUUCCUUCUGUCUUAUCAACAUCGUCUUUGUCACUUGCAGAAGCUGUAGCCAAAAAAACAAAAAUCACCUUGUUCCAUUUUCUAUUCUAGUCUGAGCCCUGUUGAUGGAGAUGGGACCAGAACACCUUAUGUAAAGGUUUAUUACUCAUUUGUCUUGUAUUUGCUACCAUAUCACUGUAAAGAAAAAAUAACACAAUCAGCUAUUUUUUCAUUUUUUACUUCCAACUAUUUUAGAUUUUUUUACUUGAUAUAUAUACAGAUAUAUAUAUAAAGAAAAAGCUAUAUUAUAUCUAGUUGUGUAUUGAAACUUGAUUAUGGGGGGAGGGUUCUUUGUUUUUACCAACUGGAAAGUGUACAGUAUCACUCAUGUAUUUAUAACCUUCAUCCUUGGAUAAUAACAUAACAUGGAGGAGCAGCACUGCAGGAUCUUAUCCAAUAUUCAUGAUGUUGUUUCAGUCAAAGGUCUCUGUUGCUGUGACAUCAGAAUUGA